AAUACUCUCUUCUCUCAAUAUGGCGAAGUUUGUUCGAUAUACGACGUUAGGGAGUGCAAUUUUGCCCACAACCAUUUAGAAGCAAAUCACUUGAGGAUUUUCAAAAAACACGCUGGGAACAGCAACUUGAAGAAUAUCAACGUCCGGGGAAACCAAUCCUUGGGAGUGCAAGGUGUUUCUCAGCUCGCAUCUGUCGUUUUACAAUGUGAAGUGGAAGAUGUUAACAUGAGCGAUUGCGAACUGACAGCUGAAGCAAUGGAAGGAUUCAAAAACAAUACUCGUGGUGCCAAGUUGAAGAAACUUAACGUCCGGGGAAACGGAUGCUUGGGAGUGGAAGGUGUUUCUCAGGUCGCAUCUGUCGUUUUACAAUGUGAAGUCGAAGAUGUUAACAUGAGAGGAUGCGAACUGACAGCUGAAGCAAUGGAAGGAUUCAAAAACAAUACUCGUGGUGCCAAGUUGAAGAAACUUGACGUCGGUUUGAACGACACAUUGAGAGUGGAAGGUGUCGCUCAGUUCGCAUCUGUCGUUUUACAAUGUGAAGUGGAAGAUGUUAACAUGAGCGACUGCAGACUGACAGCUGAAGCAAUGGAAGGAUUCAAAAACAAUACUCGUGGUGCCAAGUUGAAGAAACUUGACGUCGAGGGAAACAGUACUUUAGGAGUGCAAGGUGUUUCUCAGGUCGCAUCUGUCGUUUUACAAUGUGAAGUCGAAGAUGUUAACAUGAGCUGGUGCAAACUGACAGCUGAAGCAAUGGAAGUAUUCAAAAACAAUACUCGUGGUGCCAAGCUGAAAAAACUUGACGUCGGUUGUAACGGCACAUUGAGAGUGAAAGGUGUCGCUCAGCUCGCAUCUGUCGUUUUACAAUGUGAAGUGGAAGAUGUUAACAUGAGCUUGUGCGAACUGACAGCUGAAGCAAUGGAAGGAUUCAAAAACAAUACUCGUGGUGCCAAGAUAAAUAGACUGAAUCUAUGUGACUGUUUUUCUAUUACUUGGGGAGACGAAGAAAUAUCAACAAUAACUGAAAUCGUUCGUCAAUGUCAGGUUAAAACGCUGGUGGCGGAUAGUGAUAAUUUCAAAUAUAGUAUGUUGGAAAGGUUCAAGAAAGUGAUUGCAGAAGCCGGUGCCAAUCUCGAAUUAAAAUAA